AUGGAUUAUUUGUUGAGUUUGGAUUCGGUGGGGGAGUGGGGGUCGAGUAAACGUGAAGAGAGCAGCAGCAGCAGCAGCAGCAGUAACAGCGGGAGCAGCUGCAGCAGUAGCAGUAACAACAGCAGCAGCAGCAGCAGCCACAUAGCUUCUGCUUCCCCAUGCAGUCGGGUGUACAGGCUGCUGAUGCAGACAGUGCAGCCCGAAUGGCAUUCGCUGCCUGACCCCUCAUCUCCUGAAUGGUUGGAAGCAUUCAACAGCCGCGUCGCAGCAAGGGAGCCUCUCAGCUCUACUGCUACUGCUGGUGCUGCUGCUGAUACUGCAUCAGCAACUUCAUCAGCUUCCUGCGUCUCUGCCGCUGCAGAGGAAGCAUCAGCAGCAGCAGCCGCGCAAGCGCAUGCAGCAACGCCAGCACCAGGCACACCACCGCCAGCAGCAGCAGCAGCAGCAGCAGCAGCAGCAGCAGCAGAAGGGGGUCUUGCCUCCUCCAAGGAAGGAGCAGAUUCUGCAGCUGACGUUGAUUAUGUUUGUUCUCUCCUUGAUUGUUUUUGUCCCCGCGAGCAAUUUUUGCUGCUGAGCAAAAUUGCAAAUAGAGUGGACACCCCGUGGGUGGAGGCCUUACGCCGUCUGCGUGCAGUGGAGGAGUGCGAGGCAUCGCGGCCUUUGGAAUUAAAUGAAGUAAUUAAUUACUCCAAGAGGCUAGCAGGCUGCGUAGCGGCUCCUCCUGAGAGCAGCAAUGUGCAUGAUGGAGUGUCUCACAGCGCUGCAUUUCCUUGCUAUCAUUUCUUGCCCUAUCCUUCUGUAGAAGAGCUGCAGGCCUCUCGCUUAGCUGCUUUAGCAGCAAAACCUUAUGCAGAUAUUUGCUUCCCCCCUGAGGUGACAGCUAAAGUGGUGUACGUACACCGCGAGGCUGCCUACAGCUGCCUAGACACCCCACAGGGGCGUAGGCAGCAGCAACGCAGAGAAGAAGAAGAAGGCAGCAGUGACAGCAGCAGCGGCAGCAGCAGCGAUGGCGACUAA